AUGCCAAUGGCAGAUGUGCCGAAGUAUACAUGGGAGGAGAUCCGCAAACACAACAAAGAUACGGAUUGCUGGGUCGUGCUGUACGACCGUGUGUUGGAUGUUACGAAGUUUUUGUCUGAGCACCCUGGUGGGCUUGACCCCAUCAAUGACCUCGGGGGGUUCGAUAUCACCAGCUCGUUUGAAAGCAUCGGGCACUCGUCGAAGGCGCUCUCACUCUCAAAGGAAUUUAUUGUCGGCGACCUGCAUCCGGACUCCAAGCCACCUGUUGUGAAGCGGAAACCGCUACGGGAUGAGGUGCCACUGGGGAAUUACAAGGCAGGGGGAGAUAUGGUCCCCUUGUCCUAUGUUGUGGCAGCCUUUGUGGCAUUGCUGCUUUUCCUUUGGUACAUGCUGUAG